AGGAGCGCGACGCCGUCGCGUGACAUACGGGGCGCGCCGGACGCCCCUCGCACUUGUUGCUGCUCGGUUCUUGUCGACGCAGGUCUGCUGAGGAUUUUUUAACCGCCGCGGUCGCUCGCCUCGCUUCGCUCCGGGACCAUGUCGGUGGAAACUGACUCCAACUCCAGUGGACACUAUUUCGACAACGUCUCCAGCAGAGUCCAGAGCAGCCUGGUGUUCUCGGGACCCAUGUUUGUCAUUGUGAUGGUGAUGAUGGUGACUUUGGUGGUUGUGAUAGUUUUGGGCAACGCGCUGGUCAUUUUCGCCUUUAAAGUGGACAAGAGUUUGAGAAAACAAUGCAAUUACUACUUCCUCAAUCUGGCAAUUUCAGAUUUUCUCGUGGGGGCAUUCUGCAUCCCAGUCUACAUCCCCUACAUCCUCACAGGCAGAUGGACGCUGGGACGAGGACUGUGUAAGCUGUGGCUGGUAAUGGACUACCUGCUUUGUUCAGCAUCUGUAUUUAACAUCGUCCUCAUCAGCUAUGACCGCUUCCUUUCAGUCACCAGAGCGGUGAGUUACCGUGCCAGGCAGAGCAUGACUCAUCAAGCCAUAAUCAAGAUGAUUGCUGUCUGGGUUCUGGCCUUUGUGCUGUACGGGCCGGCUAUAAUAUUCUGGGAGCUGGUGGUGGGCAGAAGUCGCGUGCCGAAGGACGAGUGCUUCGCGGAGUUCUAUUAUUCCUGGUACUUCCUGUUGAGCGCCUCCAUGCUGGAGUUCUUCUCGCCGUUCAUCACCGUGGCGUUCUUCAACCUCAGCAUUUACCUGAACAUACGCAGGAGGCGACUCCAAGCCCAGCUGCACCUUCAAAUGAGCGAAGCCACGUCUGCCCAGGGCGAAGGCGUCCCCCUGUCCCACAACUGGGGCUGUGGGAUGAAAAUGGCCGUCAGGGGCUCUAUUAAUUCCCAGACCUCCUCUCCUAGUUUGGGGAAGCUCGAUCCCGCAACCAGCAGGGGGGCUCAGCCAAGCCGCCUGUCCAGAGAUAAGAAAAUAGCCAAGUCCCUGGCCAUCAUAGUGUGUGUGUUCGCCAUCUGCUGGGCACCGUACACGCUGCUGAUGAUAAUCCGUGCUGCCUGCAGAGGGCGCUGCAUCCAGCACCACUGGUACGAGGUCUCCUUCUGGCUCCUGUGGCUCAACUCGGCCAUCAACCCUUUCCUGUACCCACUUUGCCACAGCAGCUUCCGCAGGGCCUUCAACAAGAUUCUGUGUCCGAAGCGGCACAGCACCGCCCGGCCGUCCGCGCUCCGGACCACGCUGUGAUGGACGUGAAUGAACGCGCACGGACAAAUCAGCCGGACUCCAUGGAGGCAUCGGCGUACACUUACCCGUAAUGUACAGUGCCAUCGUGGUUUCACCUGCAAGCGGCCGGGAGGAAGCGACAUCACCGUGGCGAAUCCGGACGCCGUUGUAAUCCACACAGACGUACUGUAGGUGUUUGUACCAUUCUCACUGCAUGCUUAGUGGAGCAGACGUGACGCAUGCGCUCAUCUCAGCUGCGAGGAGGGAGACACGUGCGGCUUUACGUGAAACAUGUUUACAGAACUCUUCAUUCUGUCUGCGGUACUAAGAGUGAUCAGCAGAAAAAUAUGUAGCAAAAGUAGCUUAUGUACAUGGAAAUGUGCCGUAGAAGGAGAAAAGGUGAAUCGGUUAGAUCUAGAAUAACAAACACUGAUAAAAGAAAAGUCUGAACAAAAGCCGCACCUGAAAUAUUAAAGAAGAAAUUAGCGCUUGAAUUUCUGAGUAGCCUCUGAAGGGGGCUUAACCUUCCACUGACUGACAGUGCUGAUGGGCUCGAGGCAGUUUUGAUUAGUUUGAGAUGUAAAUGUUUUUAAUUUAUUAAACAGCUUCCUGCUCA